GUUCCCUACAAAAUGUUUGACCUUCUCCUCACUUGGCUUUUCACUCAUCCGAGAAAUUUGCUCAUCGAAGUGCUACGCCAAUAAUCACAGUGCCAUGUCCUCUCCUCCUGCGCCUGCACCAGUCUCAUCGUCUGAGCGGGCUACUCAGACAUCGCCUUCAGUUGCAGAUGCAAACACGCCAGAACAACCGCUUGAGCCGGCUGCCCCCCCUCAACUUGAUCAUGAAACAGUAGAUGACGAUGAUUCUGCCUUGAGCGCCGGAGUCGACUCAUCGACGGCAUCUGUUGCUUCGAGUAUCUUGGAGUACCGAAAGUUCAAGGGAAGGUCGUAUCAUUCUACCUACCACGAUAGCAGCUAUCCGAUUCCCACUGACGAGCAGACCCUCGAGAACUUUGAUCUAAUGCACCACUUCUUGACACUACUCACUGACGAUAAGCUGUAUCUGGCACCUAUAAAGGACGAUGUUCAGAAAGUACUAGAUGUUGGUACGGGAACAGGAAUUUGGGCAAUAGACUAUGCUGAUGAGCACCCAAAUACCGCUGUCAUCGGUACAGACUUGUCCGCUGUACAGCCAGACUGGGUGCCCCCCAAUCUCAAGUUCGAGAUCGAUGACUGCACUAAGCCCUGGACUUGGAACGCAAAUACCUUUGACUUUGUGCAUAUGCGUUACUUGUUUGGUGCUAUUCGAGACUGGACUGCACUCUUCAAAGAGGCAUACAAUGCAGUCAAGCCAGGAGGCUGGGUCGAGUCCUGCGAGUCCGAGCCCAUGACACAUAGCGACGAUGGCACCGUGACCAAUGACGGAUUAACCGCUCUGGGAGGAACCUGGGAUAAGAUGUUCAUUGAGGGAGGCAAAGCAACCGGAUGCUCUUUGUCUGUCCUCACGGAAGAUCUCCAGAUGAAGGCUAUGAAAGAAGCUGGCUUCGUGGAUAUCCAGGAAACAUUCUACAAGGCAAGUGAAGAGCCUUUUUUUAUUCUUACUGUCCUAACUGGCCGUACCUGGACAGAUCCCGUUCGGUUCAUGGCCCAAAGAUCCCAAGAUGGCGGAGAUCGGCCAGUAUGCGAAGCUCAGUCUAGAAUCCGACCUUGUUGGUAAGUCUUCGCCAAUGUCUCAAGAGAGUGGUAAGCAAGAAGGACUACUGACGUGUAUCCCGUAGGUUAUUCACAAAUGAUUUGGCAUGAAGUUCUGAAGUGGCCAGCCGAGGAGUAUCAGAUUUUCCUCAUGCAGGUACGAAAGGAUCUUAGGAACAAGAAACUUCACCCUUACUUCAAGGUUCGCUUUGUCUGGGGCCGCAAACCUGAGACCGAACAGAAGUGAGCGUCUCAGAAUAACCAAAAGAGGGGUGUUUGUUUUGGGGGAGUAACUAGUACUGCAGAUGGUGAUAAACGCUGGGCUGUCCAGAUCAGAAAAUCAACUACAGACAUUACAGAUUACACUAUCAUGAUUUCAUGGCUCUGAAGAUCUCAGCAUGUUGCAAGAAUAAACAAUCUUUUCUGAUAUCAUGCGCUUUCCAGUUG